AUGUCGGCGGACGAGGAGGAGCUGAAAGUCCCGGAGGAUAUGUUCAAAGAUGUCAAGUUUUUCGUGGUGGGAGACAUCGACCCCAAGGUUAUUCAACUUCUGAAAGCUGGAAAAGCAAAGGAAGUCUCUUACAAUGCACUGGCUUCACAUAUUAUUUCAGAAGAUGGAGACAACCCAGAAGUUGGAGAAUCUCGUGAAGUUUUUGAUCUCCCUGUAGUAAAGCCUUCCUGGGUGAUCUUGUCUGUUCGCUGUGGAGCUCUUCUGCCUGUAAAUGGCUUUUCUCCAGAAUCGUGUCAGAUCUUUUUUGGAGUCACUGCCUGUCUCUCUCAGGUUUCAGAUGAGGACCGAAAUACACUGUGGGCUUUGAUUACAUUUUAUGGAGGGAACUGCCGGCUGAGCCUCAAUAAUAAGUGUACUCAUUUGAUUGUGCCUGAGCCAAAGGGGGAAAAGUAUGAAUGUGCAUGUAAACGGGACAGCAUUAAAAUUGUGACACCUGACUGGGUACUGGAUUCUAUAGCUGAUAAGACUAAAAAAGAAGAGAUUCCUUAUCAUCCUCGUUUAAAUAUAUACGAAGAGGAAGAAGAGGAGGAGGAGGAAGAGGAGGAAGAAGUAGAAAAUGAAGAACAAGAUUCUCAAAAUGAAGCUAGUACUGAUGAAAAAUUAUCAAGCCCGGUGUCUUCUAGAGAAGGAUCACCUUUGGGUGAUCAAGUUUUUUCACCAAGAUCUACUACUGCUGAAAAGGCAAAAGGGGAACUGAUGUUUGAUGAUUCUUCAGAUUCCUCUCCAGAAAAGCAGGAAAGGAAUCUGAAUUGGACACCGGCUGAAGUCCCACAGGCGUCUGCUGCAAAGCGCAGGUUGCCUCAAGGGAAAGACUCUGGGUUAAUUAAUUUAUGUGCCAAUGUCCCACCAGUGCCAGGUAAUAUUUUGCCUCCAGAUAUGAGAGGCAAUCUAAUGGCUUCAGUACAAGGUGCCCAAAGUUCUGAUCGUCAGGAGAUGAUGGCCACGUGGAGUCCAGCUGUGCGGACGUUAAGGAAUAUUACUAAUAGUGCUGAUAUUCAGCAGAUUAAUAGACCAUCAAAUGUAGCACAUAUAUUACAAUCACUUUCAGCACCUACAAAAAGUUUAGAACAACAAGUAAAUCAUAGCCAACAGGGACAUCCAAAUGCGGUGCUGUUUAGUCAAGUGAAACUAACACCAGAGACACAUUUAUUACAGCAGUCACAUCAAGCACAGCAGCAACAGCACCAUCCUCUUCUACACCUUCAGCCUCAACAACUUAUGCAGCUCCAACAGCAGCAGCAGCAACAACCUCAGAUUUCCCAGCAGUCUUUCCAACAGCAGCAGUCUCAUCAGUUUUCACAGCAGCAACAGCAAGUCCAUCAGCAGCACCAGUUCGCACCACAGCAGCUUCAGUUUCCACAGCAGCAGUUACAUGCUCAACAGCAGCUACACCGUCCUCAGCAACAGCUCCAAUUCCAGCAGCAGCAUGCUUUGCAACAGCAACUUCAUCAGUUGCAGCAGCAGCAGCUACAGCAGCAACAGUUGCAACACUUACAGCAACAAAAUCUGCAACAACAACAGCUGCAACAUCAGCAGCAGCAACUACAGCAGCAGCAGCUGCAGCAGCAGCACUUACAGCGGUUACACCAACAGCAUCAGCAACAGCAAAUGCAGAAUCAGGCAGCACAGCACUUAACUCAGGCACCUCAAGCACUACAGCAUCAAGUUGCUGUCCAGCAGCCACCACACCACCAGCAGCAACAGCAACAACUGCAACAGCAGCCACUUUAUGGACAUGAUCCAGCAGUGGAGAUUCCAGAAGAUUAUUUCCUACUGGGCUGUGUCUUUGCAAUUGCUGAUUACCCAGAACAGAUGUCAGACAAGCAGCUCUUAGCGACCUGGAAACGGAUCAUUCAAGCACAUGGUGGGACAGUGGACCCUACCCUUACAAGCAGAUGUACACAUCUUCUUUGUGAAAGCCAAGUCAGUAACAUGUAUGCUCAGGCUUUAAGAGAAAGGAAGAGAUGUAUUACAGCACAUUGGCUGAAUUCAAUCCUGAAGAAGAAGAAAAUGGUACCGCCUCACCGAGCCCUGCAUUUUCCAGUGGCAUUUCCACCAGGAGGAAAGCCAUGCUCUCAACAUAUAAUCUCUGUGACGGGAUUUGUUGAUAGUGACAGAGAUGACCUCAAACUAAUGGCCUACCUAGCAGGUGCCAAAUACACAGGCUACCUGUGCCGCAGCAACACAGUUCUCAUCUGCAAAGAGCCCAGUGGCUUGAAGUAUGAGAAGGCUAAAGAGUGGAGAAUCCCCUGUGUAAACGCACAGUGGCUCUGUGACAUACUGCUGGGGAACUUUGAAGCCUUGCGGCAGAUACAGCACAGUCGGUACACAGUGUUCAGUCUUCAAGAUCCACUUUCUCCUAGUCAACAUCUAGUUCUAAAUCUUCUGGAUGCUUGGAGAGUCCCGUUAAAGGUAUCACCAGAACUAUUAAUGGGUGUGAGGUUGCCUUUGAAACCAAAGCAAAAUGAGUCCAGUCUUCAGCCGUCUUCCAAAAGAGCAAGGAUUGAAGACCUACCACCACCUACUAAAAAACUCACCCCAGAAUUGACACCACUGGUGCUUUUCACAGGAUUUGAACCUAUGCAAGUUCAACAGUACAUUAAGAAACUGUAUAUCCUUGGAGGUGAAGUAGCAGAAUCUGCCCAGAAAUGUACCCAUCUAAUUGCAAGUAAAGUGACCCGAACUGUCAAAUUCCUGACAGCAAUUUCUGUAGUCAAGCACAUAGUAACUCCAGAGUGGUUAGAAGAGUGUUUCAAAUGCCAGAAGUUUGUUGAUGAGCAGAACUUUGUGCUCAGAGAUGCUGAAGCUGAGGUGCUUUUCUGCUUUAGUCUAGAGGAGUCUCUAAAGAGAGCACAAGUAGCUCCGCUGUUCAAGGGAAAAUAUUUUUACAUUACACCUGGAAUUUGUCCCAGUCUUUCCACCAUGAAAGCUAUUGUGGAGUGUGCAGGAGGAAAAGUGCUCUCUAAACAGCCUUCUUUUCGAAAACUCAUGGAGCAUAAGCAGAACAAAAGUUUGCCAGAGAUAAUCUUGAUUUCCUGUGAAAAUGACCUUCAUUUGUGCCGAGAAUAUUUCGCAAGAGGCAUAGAUGUCCACAAUGCUGAGUUUGUUCUGACUGGAGUACUCACUCAAACGCUGGAUUACGAAUCAUAUCCUUUUUGUGUAAAGACUGUCUGCUGUUUGGGGAGCAAUGCUUCCCAAGCACUUACAAGAGGUAGUCGGUUUCCUCUGCGAGGAUGUUUUUGCACCUUCCACCAACUGGAACGGCAGCGGCAGGAGCACCGGGAAGCGGCGGCUUCGCUCAGCGCGGCCUCUGCUGCCACCUGCCGCCAGCUCCUCUCCGGUCCUGCCCUGCUGCGGAAACGACGCUGCUCCGGCCCGGCCCGGGACGCGGGGCUCCCUCCUGCCGCUGGCUUGGACUCACGGGAAAAGCAGAAAAAAGAAAAAAAAUUCCUGGUGCAAAUGCUACCACAGCUUCCAGGAGGUUGUUUCCAGGGAACCCCUUUCCAGGGGAGAGCUGAGGGAUGCGGCAGUGUCUGCCUCUGCUCAUCCUCGCCUCCUCCUGACUUUGCUCACCCCAAGGGAACGUGGACAGUGACAGGAGCUUCUCCAUCAGGAAACAUAAAAGCCCAGACUGCUUCUAACACCGCAAUAAAACGCCAGGACAUCCCGCGGAUACCUCCACCAACUGAUGGUGUUUCCAGUUACAGCGCUGGUAGGGUGGCAUUCAGAGAAGUAGCCGUGUUUUGGAAGAGGGUCCCCACUGAACUCGACAUUGAGCUGAGAAGCUGA